AUGGGCAAAGACCUUCGAGGGAAUUCUUUGACCUGUGAUUGCAAGAUCAAAUGGUUGAUAGAAUGGAUGGAGAACACCAACACAAGUAUGCCUGCCAUUUUCUGUGGUGGUCCCCCCCAGUACCAAGGCCAGAAGAUCCGAGAGCUCCCUCUGAAGGACUUUGACUGUAUCACCACAGACUUUGUGGUGCACCAGGUUCUGCCCUUCCAGUCUGUAUCUGCUGAGCCCUUCACAUAUUCCAGCGACCUCUACGUGGCUCUGGCCCAGCCAAGCUCCAGCAGCUGUACCAUCCUGAAGUGGGACUACGUUGAGCGCAAGCUACGAGACUUUGACCGCAUCCCUGCUCACUCAGCGGUUUACUGCAAACCGAUUGUGGUAGAAUCCCACCUGUACGUUGUGGUGGCUCAGCUUUUUGGGGGCUCCUAUAUUUACCGCUGGGACACCAACAUUGACAAGUUCGUUAAGAUCCAAGAUAUUGACAGCCAGAAGAUCCGGAAGCCCAAUGACAUCGAGGCCUUCCAGAUCGACAAUGAGUGGUUCUUUGUCAUCGCCGACAGCUCCAAGGCGGGCUCUACCAGCCUGUAUCGCUGGAACCAGAAUGGCUUCUAUUCCCACCAAGACCUGCACUCGUGGCAUCGUGACACCGAUGUGGAGCACCUGGAGGUAGAUGGGAAACCCCGACUGAUCAUCUCUAGCAGCUCCCAGGCCCCUAUCAACUACCAAUGGAAUCGCUCACAGAAGCAGUUUGCCCACCUGGGUGACGUCGCAGAAGUAAUGGAUGUUCAGAUGGUCAGGCAUUUCCAGAUAGAGAGAGACAACUACCUGUGUCUGAGCCGUUACAUUGGUGAUUCCAAGGUGGUCAAGUGGGAAGGGCUGCGAUUCACAGAGGUGCAGAACCUGCCCUCUCGAGGCUCCAUGGUGAUGGAGCCUUUCCAGAUAUCUCAGCAUCGUUAUAUGGCUCUGGGUAGUGACUUCUCCUUUACCCACAUCUACCUUUGGGAUGAAGACAAGCAGAAGUUUGUGAAGUUCCAAGAACUCUCUGUCCAAGCUCCACGAGCUUUCCAGCCUAUCCCUUUGGAGGACAUGAGUGUCCUCCUGGCCCCCAGCUUCAAGGGGAACACACUGGUUUACAAGCGUAUUGUGGUAGACCUCAGCUUGUAGGACGGCUGAGUCAUUCCUCACCUCCCCCCAACAUGCACCACAGCAGCCCUGCUCUACUGCUGAAAGCACUUGCAGCAUUCCGUGGCAACUGGCCCUGGUGAUCACCGGGACACAGUUCCUUACUCCCU